UGUAUUUUUGUUUUUAGAUGAUUGUAAAAUGUUUGUAGAUGGUGGCAUGUACUUUCUGUGGCUGUGGACAUGAAGAGAAGCGAGGUGGAAGAUCUGGGCCCUCGAUUAGUCCAGAUUAGCUGAGAUUAUGCAGAUUACUUUAAAAAACAGCUAACUGCUAUUGUUUUCAAGAGGCUUUUGGGAAGGUAGACAGAAGAGGCUGUAGCAGAGGAAGCUGCUACUUCUGGGACCUCAGCUACCAGACCACUGAAGCACAAAAAAUGCCGGUCAUCAAUAUAGACGAUCUAACGGAAAAAGAUAAAAUGAAAAUGGAAGUCGAACAACUCAAGAAAGAAGUGAAACUGGAGAGACAACUAGUUUCCAAAAUGUGUGAAGAAAUCAAGACUUAUAUUGAGGGAAACUCUGGGGAAGACCCCCUUGUAAAGGGAAUUCCAGAGGACAAGAACCCAUUCAAGGAGAAAGGGGGAUGUAUCAUUGCCUAAGAGCCCUAGGACUGUUUUCUUCAGUCAAGCAAUGGUGUAGAUGUCUUUCUUGGCUCUCCUGGCGCAUGUAUACAACCCAGUGCUACAGACACUGUGUGGAAAUUGGACCAAGAACUUUAUUUAAUUUCCUACUGAACAAAUGCGAGAACUAGCACCGACCAUGGGCUUGCCGCUCACAAAGAAUGUCUUGAAACCAAAGGUCUAACUCGACCCUGAGUGUAACAUGUUGCUAUAUGGGUUGCACUAGAUUGUUAUAAUAAAAUGUGUGUCUGUAACUCCAAUUAAUUACUUUUAUUCUAGAAUAAAUAAAAAAAAACACUUAA